GUGUGUGUGUGUGUGUGUGUGUGUGUGUGUGUGACUCAGGAGCAGAGGGAGACUCCCUCCCCUUGUUCCCUGUCCAACUCUGCUUCCAGCUGUUGCUGCAUUCUUCUACACGUCGCAGUGGGCUGAGGCCGCGGGCUUCUUUUUCUUCUUCGUCUUCUUUUUUUUUUCUCCUAAAUGACUUUUCUGUAUGUUUGUACCGUCUCCCGGAGGCUCUGACUGCGACAGAGGAUUCCAGAGCUUCACUAAGACAUACACAUGGUGCGGGGAAUGUCUGCACACUCAGGAUCACCACACAAGGAGAAGCAGCUCAGAGUUUCUGGGGAACUCUCUCCACCUUGAACUGACAGAUUGCUCCCAGCACCAUGACAGAAGUGGCAAACCCGGCCGCAGUAAUGGGUAUUCUCUGUGUCUGGGUAAGUCCUAUUACUUCYGGUUCAACCAUCCUGAAGAGGCCAACCGAAUGAAAAACAUGCUUCCCCAAAAGAGCCCAGUGUCAGCUUUAGCCUACAAUACAGACUAUUUGAAGUUUAGCAGCGACUAUAGUCAUGCCGUGGUGGGGGGCACCAGUAGUGCCAGGGGAAUGAGAUCAGCCUCUGAGCUUCGGGAUUUGAUGGACACCCUGCAACGCAAGAAAAUUGCCCUGGAAAACAGCCUGAGAGCUAAUGGGAACGCUAACCCCUCCUACUUUAGUGUGACACAGUCUCCUCCCACCUCACCUGUUUCAACACCUGCCACGUCUUCAUCAUCCUAUCAGGAACAGGCAAGGCGUUUCUACGGCUCUGAUCGCCCACCUUUGUCUUUGAAAUCUGCUCCCCCUCUUUCCUCUGGAAGACGAUCUGACCCGUCUUCUUCCUCUCUGGCCUCACGCAUCUCAGCUGGCCGAAGCCAGGACAACGGUGGCAUCGCCGACAGCCGAAGACCGCACAAUCUAGGCUCCUCCCCUAUGCUGUCCACGUGGAACGGUGGAGGUUCCUCCACGUCGGUUGCUAGUACCGAUAACCUCCUCCACCCUGUUCCCCCCUCCUCGUCAUCCCGCGCUUCAUCGGCAGGAGGUGCAGUCAGCAUGCCCUCGAGCCCUCGUCUGGGCCGUCGGACCUAUGGGAACCAAGAGCCAGCGCCCAGCGCCCGAACCAGGAAGUACUCAGCAGGGUCACUGAGCAGCAUUACAGGGGGGCAUAGCCGCUCGCUGCCACGCCUUUGCCCUUCCCCGUCUCUCCGCAGCGACAGCAACGGAACACUUUCUUUGUCAAUGCUUCCUCCACGGCGGUCCGACGUUACAGGGGCUUACAAAUUCAGCUACAGUCAGAACCACGAAGUCGGCCACAACCCCAGCAAAUCCUUCCAGCAAGUGUCGAAGACCAGCACUCAGGGUGAAAGUGUUGUAUCUAUCUCCCUUUCUUCACCCAAGAGCUCCACCAGUCAUUCCAUCUCAUCUACCCCUCCAGAUGUGACCAUCCCGUCCAAAGCUGGAGGCUCCUCUUCUCCUCGCGUCGCCAAAAAACUUAGCCUGGCCUCCACCAGCUCACUGGGCUCCAUCAGCCCCACAAGUCCCGGCUCUCAGGAACCGGAGCGCCUGUCCAGCCAAGGGGAGAAAGACUCUAUGGGAGAGAGGGAAAGACGAGGACUAGAGCUCACCUGUGGCCCAGGACUUGGGGAGCGGAGGGCUUCAUUUGGGAAGGCAGGGCUUGAACCUGGGAUUGGUCUGGGCGAGAGGAGACAGUCAUUCAGUAAGACCGGGGUGACUCCGCCGGGGGGGUUCAGGGAGAGGAGAGGGAGCAUCAGCUCGCUGAGCGGGAAGGAAGAAUUAACAGAUUAUCAUCAAAGACAGAAAGAAGAGAGACUUCGUGAGCAGGAGGUGGAGAGACUGGAAAGGCAGAGGCUCGAAACCAUCUUGUCUCUUUGCUCUGAGCUCGGCCGGACUGAAAGCGAUGGCGGCGGCUCAGCUCCGAGUUCAACCGUAGCCGUCGCAAACCUUCAGAAGAUCAACCAGGAGCUAGAGAAACUCCAGAUAAAUGAUGACGAUGACGACGACGAUGACGCGCCAUCCGUGUUUUCGGACUCUUCUGCUGUUAACGGGACGUCAGGGAGGAGUCACACGACCUCCCCUGCGUCAGAGAACAGCUACUACGAUGAUGAGCUACAGGUACGGCGAAGGCGCAGCAGUGGACACUACAGAGCUGAAUCACCUGUUGUCAGCCUGCGGGGCUUUGCCCCCUCACCUGCUCCACGGCCACACAGGACCAACGAGGUUGCAGAAGAUGCAGCUUGCCGCUCAGUGCCCUCAGAGGAGGAAGUGAGGCAUGUUGAGGAGGAGAGGAUUCAGGUGCUGAAUAACAUCGAGGAGCUGGAGCAAAAAAUCAAAGAGCUGGACAACCAAGUGGAAGAAUCUGCCCGAGAGGUGGAGGUUGAGCGAGUGCUGGUCGAGGCUGAGCAAGAGUCUGAAGUCGCGGCUCUCGAGCAGGAAAAGAGUGCGUUGGAAGCACUUCACAACAAAAUGGAAGAACUGGAGACAAAGUCCCAGCAGGAAAAAGAAAAGGCAGGCGAGUUGCUGCAGGCAGAAAGGGGCAGAUUAGAGAGGUUGGCUCAGAUUGUGUGUGAGCAGCGCUCUCAGCUGGACAGCUGCCCUGAAGCCACCAAGGAGCCCCUGCAGGAGCAGCUAGCCAGGGACUGUGAGGUGCUCGAGGCAGAAACAAAGCGUUUUGAAGACCUGGAGUUUCAGCAGUUGGAACAGGAGAGCAGGCAGGACGAGGAGAAGGAGACUCAAACGCAGAAGCUUCUCCGGGACAUCGCAGACUACCAACGCAGCACCGUCACUCGCAAAGAGCACCUGUUGACUCUGAAGAAGCAGGCAGAGCAGAUCACCCAGCAGGCCGAGCGAGAGAAGGAGAGCUUCUUGAAGGAGAGGAGCAACCUGGAUUCAAUGCUGCAAAGAGAGAAAGAAAACCUCGCUUCACUGGAAAGAAAAUACUCUGACCUCACCGGCGGCUGCAGUUUCACUUUAAGGGAGGACUCAGCCUCUUUGGCUGAUGUGUGUCAGUCACUCCUUUGCUCUGUUUUUCUCAAAAACUCUGAGGGCUAUGUCACUGUCAGUGAAAUCAGUGAGCUUUACUCACAGCUUGGGCAGGACCCUAAACCUGCCCCUGCCCCCUCUCUGGCCAAAGCCACUGCUGAGCUCGAGGUAAACCUUUCCCCCGAUGACGACACCCCCAAAUCGGCGGAGGAUGAGCAUUUCCGUUUGCUGGAGGAGAGGAAGCGGUCUGAGAAAGACGGUGGGUCACAUUUGAGUGACACUUUACCCAGGAAGAAAGGCACUGUAAACCCACAGUUCAUGUGCUCGACACUGGGCCGCAGCUUCCAAACCAAGACCCAUCAGCCUCUGGUACAAAGUACAAGCUGUGGCAGCAUUCUUCCAAGAAUACUUUCUUUGUCCAACAAAGAGAGCGAACCUCGACGUCUGCAUAAAGGUCAGUCAGGCUCCAGAACAGCCUCCCAGACAAAUGUCUACCUUGAUGCCUUUGGGUACCGUGACAACCAGGCCUUUGACACGAUGAGUGUGGACAGCAGCGACUCCAUCGAAACCAGCAUCUCUGCUUGCUCACCUGACAACGUCUCCAGCGCCAGCACGUCAAACAUGGCCCGGCUGGAGGAGAUGGAGCGUCUGCUGAGGGAAGCACAGGUCGAGAAGAACCGCCUGCUGGAACACAAGGAGCGGGAAAUGGAACUGAGAAAGCAGGCCCUGGAAGAGGAGAGGAGAAGACGAGAGGAACUGGAGAAAAGGUUACAGGAGGAGACGAGCAGACGUCAGAAACUCAUCGACCGUGAAGUGAAACUGAGAGAAAAGCAAAGGGCACAGUCCCGGCCGCUGACUCGGUACCUGCCAGUGAGGAAGGACGACUUCGACUUGCGCUCUCACAUCGAGUCAGCGGGCCACAGCACAGACACGUGCUUCCACUUAUCCAUCUCUGACAAGACCUGCCGAGGCUACCUGGUCAAGAUGGGAGGCAAGAUCAAAACCUGGAAGAAACGCUGGUUCGUCUUUGACCGCAACCGACGCACACUCUCCUACUACUCAGAUAAACAUGAGGCCAAACUGAAAGGAGUGAUUUACUUCCAAGCUAUUGAAGAAGUUUAUUACGAUCAUCUGAAGAGCGCACAUAAAAGUCCAAACCCCUCCCUAACAUUCAGUGUGAAGACUCAUGAUAGGGUCUACUACAUGGUCGCCCCCUCUCCUGAGGCCAUGAGGAUCUGGAUGGACGUGAUCGUCACCGGCGCUGAAGGAUACACCCAGUUCAUGGUGUAGCGACACGCCGACGAGGAGCGGUUUCUGCUACAAUAGGUUCUGCCGUGUCUUCCUGUCUGAGGAGCUUGCAGAGCCAAAUAAAAAAUGACUUGAUAACUGGCAACGAUUAAUUAAUUAUUGAGAAUAAUUACAACCAAAACAAGGUUUUGGAUACCCAGUUAGAAACUCUUUUUGUGACUUUUAAAUACCUUUAAAAAAAUCUAAUGUCUUUGUGGAGACAAAACCUCGAGAAGAACGUUUUACUUCUAAAAACAAAACAGUUCAUGUGCCUUACUUGUGUGAAACAGUAGCAAUUUUCAGUUUUAUUUUACAAGAACAAAAAACAAAUCUGAAAUGUGCUGCAAUGCAUUUCUCUGCCUUGAARCUAAUAAGUUUUUCUUUUAAUUUUGUUCAUUUACUAUGUUCUAUUUAGAAAAAGUGCUUUUUAUAGUAUUUUUUUCGGUUAAAAAUAUCAGAAAUUGUCUUCAAGCUUUAUCUGAAUCUAUUUCGUCUGAAAGUUUUAAAGUUUUUUUUACUUUUCUUCUGCAUUAGUUUGAUUUCCUGUAAUAUUCCUGCUGCCUCCUCAGGUGUGUGUGUGUGUGUGUGUGUGUGUGUGUGUGUGUGUGUGUGUGUGCAUCAUAUUUACACAUGAGAUUAAAAAGUGUCUGUUUAGGCGCGGAUGAUUGUGUAUUUACUGUGGGCUUUGAACACAGCCUAAAGUUGCUGCAGCUCCGUAAUGUUCCUCAUCAUGCCCUCACAUGGCAUCCAAACAGGUGCAAGCAGACGCUCAGCCCGUCUGAAUUUAUUCAGUAUGAAUUACUGCUGCGUUUUCUGAAACGAUCUAAUGUGCUGGAGCUUUACCAAAGACUGAAACGACUUGUUUUUCAUUACGAUAAUAGGCAUUAGAGACACAAAGUUGUGAUAUUUGCACAUGGUUUCGGAGCUGUACUUAGUUUUGUAAACGACAACAGUUAAAAUUUGUUACAAAAAAUGUAAUAAUUGUACUUUAUUGUUGAUGUAUACUAUCUGUAUUUUUUUAAAUUUUAGUUCUUAAGGAUAAUUUUCUUUAAAGAUGCCAAGCAGGUGGAUUUAUGGUACAGUUAUUUUAUAUUAUCUGAAUAUUGGGCUGCUUUUAUCCACUACUUUUCACUAAAUAUCACUUAUUACCACAAAUUAAUUUUUUUGUACUUUUUCUUGUAAAUAGCUUCCACUAUAAUCAUUAAAGCUGCAUUAAGUUUGCUGAAAUCAACAUAAAUCAUUGUGCCUUUUUUUUCUUGUACUUUGACCAAAGCUAUGAUGUACAUCUGCUAUUUUUUGUUAUAUUAUUAUUAUUAUUGUCAUUACCAGAAGAAACCAAACUAUAUWUUGUCUGUUUUACAUGUGACUUAAUAAGUACACGGUCAUUUUUUUUAACCAUCUAAUGGAGUUACAUUGAAAGUAUCCCAGAGUUUUUUUGUUUCUUUUAUAUUGCUGUGGUUUUAUGUUUCUAUUUGUUUUUAUCAGUGCAUGUAUCUUAAUUUUCUAAUUCCAUAUGAAUAUUAAAUGGUAUAUCGUACUUUUUUA